CAAUUAGCUCAAAUGCACCCAAUUUAUCUCUUUCUCUUCAUUCCUCAAUCCCUUCAUUCUCUUCCCUUCUUUGGGAUUCUUCAUUCUUUUCCAAAUUUUAUAGUUUAAGUAGCCACACAUGCAAACAUCAAAAGAAACCUUAAAGGAAAUAUUAAUUUCCGCUGGUAUUAGAGGGAGCAAACGAUCUUCGAGUUCUAAGGAAAGCCAAUCUACUAAACAGAAGGCCAAAAUUCUCCAUCCCCCUAUUGAAACAUUUUGGCAGUUACCUCCAACAAAAGAGCACAAGAAGUCUACCGGAUCGAGAACCUUAAAAACCAUUAUGUCGUUGUCGUUAAAGAAGGGAGUUCAAAAGAGCAAAAGUCUACGAACAAUUCUUGAAGGAUCACAUGAGCCUAAAGAUGAACAAAUUGUUGACUCGUUUCGUCAGUUGCUUUUUCUUGAGGGUCAGCUGCCAGGAAAACACAGUGACUAUCAUACACUUUUAAGAUUUCUUAGAAUGAGGGACUAUGAUCUUACAAAAGCGAAGAAUAUGUAUUUGAACUAUCUGAAGUGGCGAGAGGAGUUUCAUGUCGAUGCACUUUCUGAGGAACUUAACUUUGAGGAAUUUAAUGAGGUUAAAAAGUGUUAUCCACAUGGAUUUCAUGGAGUCGAUAGAUAUGGUCGACCAGUUUACAUUGAAAGAAUUGGAAUGGUAAAUCUCAAUAGGCUCCUUGAAGUAACUAGUAUUGAGAGAUUUGUGAAAUAUCAUGUGACUGAACAAGAGAAAACAUUGAACUGGAGAUACCCUGCUUGUUCACUUGCUGCAAAGAAGCAUAUCGCUUCCACUGUCAGCAUCUUGGAUGUGAAGGAUGUGGGAAUUUCUAAUUUUUCAAAGCCUGCGAGAUAUCUCUUUCUGGAAAUUCAGAGGAUUGACAGUCACUAUUAUCCAGAGACGUUGCAUCGCCUUUUUAUCAUUAAUGCUGGAUCUGGAUUUAAGGUCCUAUGGAAAGCAAUCAGGACAUUUCUUGAUCUACGCACCCUAGCAAAGAUUCAAGUUCUUGGUAGCAAUUACACGAAGACCUUACAUGAAGUUAUUGAUCCCAGUAACCUUCCAACUUUCUUUGGUGGCGACUGCACAUGUUCCGACUAUGGAGGUUGCCUCUUUAGCGACAAAGGACCCUGGAAUGACCCUGCCGUUACAACUAUACUUCAGGCAAUGGUUGAAGCUGAAGAGGAGAAUGGCGAUGAAAAAAAGAACGGUUGUGCUGCAAAAGACGCCUCUGGUGGUGUUACUGAUAAUGUACAUAUUAAGGAUGUUUAUGAUGUCACUCCAUCAAGAAAUGAUACAUUUGAGGUAGCAAGACUUACUAAUCAGCCAUUUCUACAGAAGAUCCUAACACUUCAAAGUGUUGUAAAUGACACAAAAACAUUUUAUGGUACAGAAAAUCCAGGCAUUGGAAGCUGCUCUUAAGGACACGAAAUCGGUUAUAGAAGGACUUGGGCAACCAAUUGAAGACUUGAAAAAUCAAAUUAUAGUAUCAAAUAUAAGAGGCUGAGAUGCCAAAUGAAGAGUUUCAAUCUUUUUCCUUAUUUUUGAAGUUUCUUAAUGUUGUCAACUGAAUUCAAAUAAAAAGAGCAACUAUGUUAAGUAAGGCAGCCUAUUUUACAACAAUAUUCAAGUAAAGGAAUCAGCUAUCUUUAA